UUUUUGAAAAAUGGUUUCUUCUAGAACUUACAUUGAGGAAAACAGAAGCAAAGAGAUCCAAAGGCCGAGAUGAAAGCGUGAAUCUAAAGCCAGCCGCAGAGUCAGCCAAGCCAUAUAAAAGUAGGCUCCCUGCCCACCUCCAUACUCAAAUCGCCACCUUCGUCUCCGUCUGUCUCUCUCACUCGGCUGCGACUCUUAGAUUCUCUCUCUCUAUCGCCACUCGCCGCCUCGAAGCCCCAAUGGCUUUGCCGAACCAACAGACUGUUGAUUAUCCGAGCUUCAAGCUAGUCAUCGUCGGCGAUGGAGGCACUGGAAAAACCACUUUCGUGAAGAGGCAUCUCACUGGUGAAUUCGAGAAGAAAUAUGAGCCCACCAUUGGUGUGGAGGUUCAUCCACUGGACUUCUUCACAAAUUGUGGAAAGAUCCGCUUUUACUGCUGGGACACUGCUGGGCAAGAGAAGUUUGGCGGUCUUCGAGAUGGUUACUACAUUCAUGGGCAGUGUGCCAUCAUCAUGUUUGACGUUACUGCUAGGUUGACAUACAAGAAUGUUCCUACAUGGCACCGUGAUCUCUGCCGUGUGUGCGAGAACAUCCCUAUUGUUCUCUGUGGCAACAAGGUUGAUGUGAAGAACAGGCAGGUUAAAGCCAAGCAGGUUACCUUCCACAGAAAGAAGAAUCUGCAGUACUAUGAGAUAUCAGCCAAGAGCAACUACAACUUUGAGAAACCCUUCCUCUACUUGGCGAGGAAGCUUGCAGGUGACGCAAAUCUUCAUUUCGUCGAGUCUCCGGCCCUUGCUCCUCCAGAAGUGCAAUUUGACAUGGCUGCCCAACAACAGCAUGAAGCUGAGCUUGCGGCAGCAGCUGCCCAGCCUCUUCCUGAUGACGAUGACGAGGCAUUCGAAUAGACGGGGAGAUGACGCAUUUCAAUAGACCGUGGCAUAUUUCUUCUAGGACAUGGCUUUCAUUCGUUCUGCUGGGAUUUGAUUUUCAAAGUGUCAUGUGUUAGAACUUAGAACACAGGGCCUCUUUUAGUCAGAUUCAGCUACAGCAAACUAUUAGCUCUUGUUUAUCAUUGGUUGUGCUGUUAGUUAAUCGUAUGGAUGUUCGUUCUCCAGUAAAUUUCUCCUUGAAUUUGCGUUGCCUAAGGCCAAUAGUGUAUUUUCGGAACUCGAUUGUUUCCGAACUUCUAUAGAUUGAUUAGUUCCCUGUU